AGAGGGCGCUCCUCAUUUAGGUGGGCCAGAAACCCCGUAGAUUACAGUCAGGCACAACAGCACUGCAGUAUCCAAAAUGGCUGGAGCCGAUGGAGACGAUUCUCUCUACCCUAUCGCGGUUCUCAUCGAUGAACUGCGGAAUGAGGAUGUUCAGUUGCGACUGAACAGCAUCAAGAAGCUGUCCACUAUUGCACUGGCUCUUGGUGUAGAGCGGACUCGUACGGAGCUGCUUCCUUUCCUCACAGAUACCAUUUAUGAUGAAGAUGAAGUCCUCUUGGCCUUGGCUGAGCAGCUGGGCAACUUCACCAUGUUGGUGGGAGGCCCAGAGUACGUCCACUGUCUCCUCCCGCCUCUGGAGAGCCUAGCGACCGUGGAGGAAACGGUUGUCAGGGACAAAGCCGUAGAGUCCCUGCGAAAGAUCUCUCAGGAGCACUCUCCAGUUGACCUGGAGGUCCAUUUUGAGCCUUUGGUCAAGCGCUUGUCCUGCGGUGACUGGUUCACCUCUCGCACGUCUGCAUGUGGCCUUUUUAGCGUCUGUUAUCCCCGUGUGUCCAGCACAGUCAAGGCUGAGAUUCGCCAGCAUUUCCGCACCCUGUGUUCAGAUGACACUCCCAUGGUCCGUCGUGCUGCAGCAUCCAAACUGGGAGAGUUUGCCAGAGUGUUGGAGCUGGACUACGUUAGAAGUGACAUCAUUGCUCUCUUCACGGCCCUGGCCUCUGAUGAGCAGGACUCUGUGCGUCUGCUGGCAGUGGAGGCUUGUGUCAGCAUCGCCACUUUGCUGCCCCAGGAGGACCUGGAGACCUUGGUAAUGCCCACCCUGCGACAGGCUGCAGAGGACAAAUCCUGGAGGGUCCGCUAUAUGGUGGCCGACAAGUUCUCUGAGCUUCAAAAAGCAGUGGGACCAGAAAUCACAAAGAAUGACCUGGUGCCAGCUUUCCAGAACCUUCUGAAGGACUGUGAGGCGGAGGUCCGUGCUGCUGCAGCAAACAAAGUGAAAGAAUUCUGCGAGAAUCUCCCAGAGGACAGUCGUGAGCAGAUCAUCAUGGCUCACAUUCUGCCCUGCGUCAAGGAGUUGGUUUCAGACACCAACCAGCAUGUCAAAUCUGCACUGGCUUUGGUCAUCAUGGGACUUUCUGCCAUCCUGGGCAAGGAUAACACAAUAGAACAUUUACUGCCGCUCUUCCUGGCUCAACUCAAGGAUGAGUGCCCUGAGGUGCGCCUCAACAUCAUCUCCAACCUGGACUGUGUCAAUGAGGUCAUCGGGAUCCGUCAGCUGUCUCAGUCCCUCCUGCCGGCCAUUGUAGAGCUGGCUGAGGACGCCAAGUGGAGGGUCCGCCUCGCCAUCAUCGAGUACAUGCCCCUGUUAGCUGGUCAGCUGGGAGUGGAAUUCUUUGAUGAGAAGCUCAACACUCUUUGUAUGGCCUGGCUUAUCGACCAUGUGUACGCCAUCCGUGAGGCCGCCACCUGUAACCUGAUGAAGCUGGUGGAGAGGUUUGGAGCUGAUUGGGCCCAGAACACCAUUGUGCCAAAAGUCCUGGGAAUGGCCAAUGACCCCAAUUACCUCCACAGGAUGACCACGCUGUUCUGCAUCAAUGCUCUGUCAGAGGCGUGUGGUCAGGACAUCACCACCAAGCACAUGCUACCUGUAGUCCUCAAGAUGUCCAAUGAUCAGGUGGCCAACGUGCGCUUCAACGUGGCCAAGUCUCUGCAGAAGAUCGGCCCUAUCCUGGACGCCAACACCUUGGAUACAGAAGUGAAACCAGUCCUGGAGAAGCUGGCCACAGACACAGACAUGGAUGUCAAGUACUUUGCCCAGGAGGCUAUCAGUGUUCUCUCCCCGCCAUAACUCAACCAACAUGGCCUAAAACAACACUUUUACAAGAUAUUUAUUGAUGUUCAGGAUCGACUGGUAACUGUAUAGAGAAAUCUGAUUUGAUCUUUUCUUUUUUCCCCCUCAUUUGUCAUGUUCUGGCAUCCCUUUACCUUUGCUGUAAACGUGUGCUUGAUGACGGGCCAACAUGUGGUGUGGUGCAUGCUGACUAAUAUUACUGUACUAGCUAGCUCCAACCUCACAUUCCUCCUCUUUGUACUUCUUCAAGCAACACACAAGAAUUCAAAUUCUCUCUUUGAUUGUCCUGCAUCAAACUGAAGUGAUUCGAACGAGCUCAUGUGUCAUGUCCUCCACAAACACUAACAUUCACCUGGUGAAGAAAGUUGCUCAUCAGUGCCAUUCAAUGCUAAUGUGCGAGUACGUGUAUGGAUUGUAGCGCUGCCAGGAUUCUUAGAGCACACAAUGCAUACUUUCCAAGAAUGUUUCUGUGUCCCGAACAUCAGCAUCUGGCCAAAUUGAAGUCCUUUUAAAACAUGACAGUAAUUUUCCAACAGCAUUUUCUAAUGAGAAUGUGUUUGACUUUUAGUCUUGGCAUCUUUUCUUCUUUUUGAAUCUACUUCCUGUGCUUUUAUUGUUCUUUUCAAAGCUACACAAAUACUUGGGAUGCUGUACUACUGUAUCUUGUUCAGAAUAAAAGUAACCCCUUCGACACACAA